AUGGCCAUAGAUCUCGCAGCGCUUGAACAGGCCAUUAAAGCAGCAAUCCCAGUAACCCACCUCGAAAUCGAAGACCAGUCUAGUGGAUGUGGUGAGAACUACGCGGUCUUAAUCGUCAGCGAGGCAUUCGUUGGAAAGACGACAUUGGCGCGACAUAGAAUGAUUAACGAGUUGUUGAAGGAUCAGAUAGCCCAGAUGCACGCGUUCUCCCAGAAAACCUACACACCUGCGCAAUACGCUCAGCUAACGAAAUCAUAG